AUGUCGCAACCUCACGGUCCUCCUCAAAUCCUCCCUCUCUUCACUCAACCAUCACCCCUCCCACCCCUCGCCCACCCAACAAUCCUCACCGAAAUCGAAUUCGCAGUAAUCAUGUACUCCGGCGCAAACUGGAAAGUCGUCAACAUGGACCGCAACGGCCCUCAAAAGAACAUCAUCUGGCGAAUUCCAGAUUCCAACAAUUUCCUCGCCAGAGUAGUCUGCGCCCAAGCCUACGGAGAACUCAACCGCGCUGUCGGGCCACCUGGAGGAAACGCCAUUCGAGCUUUUGUGAAUAAUUGGGAGGAUGAUGUUACGCUUUCGGCGGUUGCUUGUUGUAUUCGGGUUAAUGAACAGGGAAAGGUUGAGUAUGUGCCUGGCGGUGUUAGGCCCGAGAGACAGGAGGAGUUUGUUCCUUGGUUGGGAGCGACGCUGGGGUCUGAUGUUGUGGAUAUGGGGUGA